UUGUUGUUGUCCGGCCGAGGGAGGCGGAGGUCGCUCGCUUGCUCGCUCGCUCGCUCGGUCGCUGGGGCGAUCUGUGGCGGUCGGCGGGCAGGUCGGUCGCGGUAGUCGGCGGUGUGCAGGGUGGGGAGAGGCUAUGUCGCGGUGGCAGCCCGGAUGGGCCGGCAAGGCCGGGAGUAACGGGACGUCGUCGCGGAGCUUCUUCCCCCGGAUACAGUGCGGCCCAAGCGGAGGCCGCGUCGCCGCCCUCCGGUCCUGAGGAGCCCGCGCUGCCCGGAGCCUACACCGCUCUCUCUCUGGCACCGACACCAACCGACUCGACCUGGCCCAGCCGGACCUAGCCUGGCCCACACAGGCAGCACUACUCCUCAGGAGCACGCAGCCCCCUCCCCAAGGAGCAUGAAGCUGUUGGAGAACUCAAGCUUCGAGGCCAUCAACUCGCAGCUGACUGUGGAGACAGGAGAUGCCCACAUCAUUGGCAGAAUCGAGAGCUACUCCUGUAAGAUGGCAGGAGAUGACAAGCACAUGUUCAAGCAGUUUUGCCAGGAGGGUCAGCCCCACGUGCUGGAGGCACUGUCCCCGCCCCAGACCUCAGGGCUCAGCCCCAGCAGGUGAGUGGGGGGCACGGUCUGCCCACAGUUGGGGGGACAGUGCGGAGCUCGCCGACACUUCUCUCUGCAGACUGAGCAAGAGCCAGGGUGGUGAGGACGACGGUCCCCUGAGCGACAAGUGCAGCCGCAAGACUCUCUUCUACUUGAUUGCGACGCUCAACGAGUCCUUUGGGCCGGACUAUGAUUUCAGCACAGCCCGGAGCCAUGAAUUCAGCCGGGAGCCCAGCCUCAGCUGGGUGGUGAACGCUGUCAACUGCAGCCUCUUCUCAGCUGUACGGGAGGAUUUCAAGGCCCUGAAGCCACAGCUGUGGAACGCAGUGGAUGAAGAGAUUUGCCUGGCAGAAUGUGACAUCUACAGCUACAACCCGGACUUGGACUCAGACCCCUUCGGGGAGGACGGCAGCCUCUGGUCCUUCAACUACUUCUUCUACAACAAGCGGCUGAAACGGAUUGUCUUCUUUAGUUGCCGCUCCAUCAGUGGCUCCACCUACACCCGCUCAGAGGCGGGCAAUGAGCUGGACAUGGAGCUGGGAGAGGAAGAGGAGGAGAUCGAAGAGGGCAGAGGCAGUGAGGGUGGAGCCGAGGAGACCAGCACCAUUGAGGAGGACAGGGUCCAGGUGAUCUGUAUGUGACUACGAAGAGCAGAGACCCCAGCUUCAUCCGGCUUCAACUGACGCCUGGACCUACUGCCUGAGGGGCCCGAGUGCCUCCCUCAGCUGCUGGCCACAGCCCUGGCACUGCCAAGGCCAGCCCACUAGCCCUUUGGCUCCAGCCUGUGAAUGUCCACUCACCCCCACAGGCUCCUGCUGCCCACACUGCGGCUGGACUGGACAGCAUGGGGCCUGCUGGGAAGAGCGACUGCCCUGCCCAAACGAACUGCCGCGAGGCAGGGACAGCUGGACCACAGAGUUUAUUUUUCUAUUUUGUAUGGGGCAAGGCCUGGGCCUUGACACUCCAGCCCCAAGAGCCCACCGCCCAGACCAGCAACAGGUCUGAGGUCACCGGCUCAGGGCUUGGGCCGGCCAGACCUGGCGUCCGCCUGUAUCCCCCACUUCGCCUGUCAGGCCACGUGCACUGAGUGUCACUUCGCUGCAGCUUGUUUGUUUUCAAUAAAAGUUUCU